CUUGGUUGUGCGCGCAUCUAGCAUGCGACGAUGCAUGGUGUGGCUGGCGAACAUCGUGAUGGCGGCGAUGGCAAGCGCCCCAGUUCCAUUUGGUGCAGGACAAGGACAUGCCUUGGCUCGUCUGGUCCAUGCCAAUGGCGACAACAACGCGGGAUCGAAUGAACACCACAGAGUCAAGUCCCUGCCCAACUACAACGACAAGCAUCCCAUCGACUUUGAUAUGUACGCGGGGCGCAUCCCGUUGUCGAAACCCGGGGUCGAGCUCUUUUACUGGCUCGUGCACUCGGAGAGCGACCCCCACACGGAUCCCCUCGUCCUGUGGCUCAACGGCGGCCCUGGCUGUUCGUCCCUUGCGGGCCUCUUCACAGAACUUGGCCCGUUCGUCGUGGAAGGAGAUCUGAGUGUGAAACGCAAUACUUAUGCAUGGAACCGCAAAGCAAACUUGCUCUUCCUCGAGUCCCCCGCAGGGGUCGGGUUCUCGUCUCCCCUACUGGACGCUGCCGAGUACAACGAAGACACGACGACCGACAACGCGUACGAUUUUCUCGAGCGAUUCUUCGCCAUGUAUCCGACGUACCAAGGCCGACCGUUCUACAUCAUGGGCGAAAGCUACGCAGGUCGGUACAUCCCGUAUCUCGUGCACAAACUCGUGUCGUCGCCCAUCACGAAUGUCACGUUGCGCGGAUUUUCGAUCGGAAACCCUGCUACAGACGACAAGGUCGACGGCAACGCGCUCAUGGACUACUAUUACACCCACGGCAUGAUCUCUCGUCAAAACUACAAGCAAACGACUGCGGCGUGUGUCGGCAAAGUGAUCCGAAAGUGUCUGAGCACGUCGCACAACUGCUCGGCUGCGUGCACGACGGCGCUCCAUGCUGGCAUCCUCCAAGUCGACAAGCAGAAGCUCAAUCCGUACAACAUUUACGGCGACGUGUGCUUGCUCGAAAACGGACAAGCGAAUGCAUUGCACUAUCCGCUGCACCAACGCGCGAUUCUUCCCCGCGGGGACAUCGGGCCGUGCCAGGACGUUUUUACCAAGGCGUAUUUGCAACUAAAUGCAGUUCAAAUGGCGCUCCAUGUUGGUGAAGGCCACGUACCAUGGAAUGACUGCAACCACAACGUUACGCGCAUGUACUCGCGCAGUCCGUCCGCGCUGCCGCUGUAUCCGCGCAUCUUGUCGGCAGGGCUGAAGGCAUUGAUCUACAGCGGCGAUGCCGACUCGGUCGUCAACUUCAUCGGAACGGAACGGUGGAUUACAGACGAGGGCCUCAACUUGACCGUUGUCCGCGACUGGCGCGCGUGGUUUGGUCCCGACCAACAACUCGCCGGGUACACGCAAGACUACACCAACUUGACGUUCAAAACGGUCAAAGGCGCGGGCCACAUGGUCGCGGCGGUCCGGCCACUCCACGCGCUCUACAUGUUUGAGUGCUUUCUGUACGGCGAUGCAGCGUGUGAGUCGUUCGUGUACCCGUCCGACGGCCUAGAGAAGCUGACAGGGGUCGGCGGCGACGUGGGAAUGCCGAUUAUUGCAGCCGUGCAGUCGUCGGAAGGUGCCAUUGGCGUCACUGAUCAAGCCAGCUCGAUGGGGUCGACAUUGGUGGCGGUGGUGCUGAUGGGGGCAUGCGCAGUCGUGGUAGCGUUUGCAGCAUGGACGCAAACUCGCCUCGGCAGACGUCGUAGACAAGGCGAUUACACGAGCCUGUAAUGCGGUGGCUGCAGCUGCUAUUUUGAUACAUCAUCCACGGCGUUUUCAUCGACUCAUGGGGGUAGUCUGACAGACCAUCGGCUACGUGAAAGACGGCGUCGGGUCGUGUGCAAAGUCAUCAUUAUCUUCGAGAAUCGAAAUCGCUUCAAGCUUGGUUUGAAGGUCGGGGGACACCACCGGUCGAAGUUGCAUCAAGUACUCGGCCGUGGCAAACGGGACGGCGAGGCGGCGAGCGCUAGCGAGGACGUUUUCGAGCACGGUGGCGAGUCUAAAGCAGUCGCACGACGCCGUGAAAUAUCCUGUGCCGUGCCUAGAGUGCUCUGUCGAGAUGUACCUGGCGUGAGCUGUCGACGGAAUCGGGAUGUUGUCC